AGCACUACGACUCGCUACCAGUUGUACAGCCCCCUCAGUGGAAUACGAGAUCUUGGCGGCCUAAUACAGUCCAAGAUCGCCCUCCGACGUCACUCUUUAUCCGCUUUCGCUUCUAGAACCCAUCACCAGAUGCUGCUUCACAACGAGACGAGCUGCCCACGAUAUAAAAUCAAUAGUUUAUAUAAAUGCGAACAGUUUCCUUGAGGUUAAUAAGAAAGAAUUUGGGUAGAUCAUCAGACAACAUAUAUAUAAAUUUACAUAUAAUUACAUUGGUUAAUUACUUCUAAUCAACUACAAUCAUAACUUAGACAACUCCCUUUAUAUCAUCGACAUAUAAAAUGCGCGGCUUCUUCUCAACCAUCGCCACCCUCCUGCCUCUAGCAGUUGCGGUACCUUUAAAUCUUCAAUCCCGCGAUAGCAACCCGGGAUGUCAAGCCGCCUCUUUCGGUAACUUCUCAUGGACGGUUGAGAACUUCGAUUAUCACGCUUCUUACAUUUUCACAACGCCAGCGCACCAAAACUCAUGGGGUUAUGUCAACUUCAACUUAACAAACCCUGCGCUAGAGUAUAAGGCAAUCUGUAGUGCGACCAGCAACCAAUUGCAAGAUUUCUUCUACGGUACCUUUGCGUACAACUGCACUGUUCCGGAUGGAUCUACAACAAAGACAACGUUCGAUUUCAGCCGUCCGAGUGGAGUAUUAAAUGUCAACCAAACUUGGUCCUGCAGCGACACCGACCCACAAUACCCUACCACCAUCAAUGCUUAUGGAACCGCCAAUCUGACAUUGGACUGCACUGACAACACAUGGAUUAACCCGAACUGGACCAUGGGACAGAUCUAUUCCGAUCGGACUGUUACAUGCGCGCCUGUUACACUACCGCUGCCGCCUUACAAGAUGACUGCUGUCGCGUAAGGCAUUUUCUUCAUUGGGGUUUCAGCGUCUUGGUCGUGAGAAAGGGGAUGGGGAUACUGCAUUUAGGAAAGGGGAUAUGAUUAUGACGAUAUGAUAUUUACGAUAUCAUAGAUAUAUACUGGCAUCAUGCCGCUGAUACAUAAAAGUAAUUGUAAUAGGAAACAAAAAUCAUAAUGAAUAACUGUAUGUUCUACGGUGCCAACACUGUGUGUCUCGGUUGACAAAAAACGGUACUGAUAGGCGCUGCAGGAUACCACAACUACAGUACUAGGGAGCCUAGAAAUAUGGUCAACAUUAACAAACAAAAUAAUACGAAUAAAUGUUAGAUUUAAACUAUAGAUAAUUAGUUAAUCUUACCUACCUAUCCAAUAUACUUUACCCUUU